AUUUCCAAGGCGCAGGGAUCGAGAACAUUGAACAUGCCAACGACAAAACGUGGGCGCGUGGGUGGGCAGCGCCUCUCCGAAAAUACAUGCAACAGGCCCAGGAACUCAGGGGCCUGCCAAGACCAUCUCCAGAUGGCACAGAUAUACGGCACAAACUCCCUUCAGCCAAUCACCAACAUUCCCGAAGCACAAUGUUGGUGGCGUCCCUGCAUUCAAUCCGCGCUCCGUGAAUCCAACUGCAAGACCUGCAACAACAAUUAUCAGUACAGCUUACAAGCCACAUAGGUAGCCACAUAGGUUUGGACUGGUUGAAGAGUUCCGGAAAUAGGAAGAUGGUCGAUUCACUGCUGACUUGGAGCUCCAACAUCCAACAUGCUACGGAUGGCACAGCGAUGUGUGCUCUCACGUCCUAAGACAUGGCCCAAGGCCACAGACCUUAAGACGACCACUUGGUCCUCCACAAAGCAGCCGAACUUUGUCCAUCUGAAAGAACAUCAGUGUCGCUCUAAGUCGGCUUAGUACAACACCAUUGGACCCCACACCCAUCCGCUGAGACAGCACCAUCUACCUCGCCAGUGACACUGAUCAUGGGUGUACAGGAGCAGGCAAAGGGGGUGAUAAAGCCAGGAGGUUGCCUUCCGGUUCCACAUGACGACCUGUUACACUUCAGUCGCUGUCUCAAGUACGAUGAGAGAGAGAAAUACGUCCAAAAUGCCCCCGAACACCUCCGCAGCCAGGUGGGGCAUUUGCUGUCCCGGGUUGAGCAUGUCAGGUCCGAGAUCGACGCCCGGCCCGAUGGAGAGUUCUGGACUUCCAGGUUAGCCGACCACAUAUCCGACUUCAGAUCAAAGCCCCAGCCAAAGAAGACGGAGCGGUCGCCGCUAGCCGCUACUCUUUCCCGACUACACAUCGCUAGCCGGACCAACCUCAGCCGAACAAGUCGUCUUGACGUUCCAGAAAUCCGCCUUGGUGGCAAGACUUUAUCGACACCCAAUAUCGCCGAGGUCCUUUCAGCCAACCCAUCCCCAACAUUUCAGGACAUCAAGGACCACCCAUACAAAGGCCUCCAGGCCGGUGCUGUCUACUACAAAGAUGGUAAUCCCUACACUCAUCCCAAGCUGGAAGGCAGUUUCCCAAACCAAACAACCCCGUUGGACGAUUUACUCUCAAACAAGGGUGAUAAGAGCUUGCUCAAAGAAUCUUGUGAAGAAGGCAUGUUGAGAUGGUUUCACAUUCCGUCCAAUAACAUGGCCUGGGUAGAAGAAGCGAUAGCCCGCCAUUACAAUGAAGAACGCCCACCAAGAGAGGACCUGUUUGGGAAGCCAAAGGUCAAGUCCAAGACACAUGAGAUUCUUCGACGGGUCGGAUGGCGAGGUCACUCUCGGGAGGGCGUUGAUCCUAACAGCCCACCCCACACCCGCCAACUGAACCCCGGUUGUGAGGUGAUCAAAAGCGGUCACGAAAACAACCCUAACGCCAUGUGCCUCUUUGCCCCUUACCUCCACUGGGAGACAGCAUUGGGAUUGGAAAGACAAAACAAGUCCAUCGAGAGAACCACCAGAUCUGCAAUUUUACAACAUGCGUCAGGCAUGCAAGUCCAGGAUCGGGUUGAAGAUACCUUUCACCAAGAGCUUCAGGUCCACCAAGUCAACAAUACUUCCCUCUCUUCCCUUGCCCGCGAGGCCAUCGUCUCAUCCACGAACCACUUUCGUUCCAUGACGAUGCGGGCUACUACUAGACGAGGUGUUGUUGGAAGGAUCUUGUUUUGUGCCGCCAGAAUCGCAAAGCUGAUGGUGUCUUAUGAGGAUGAUGAACUCGUCAGCAAGUACCUUUAUGCUAAUCCCCCGUUGCAUCCCCGACGGACAUUGCAUCAGUCUCUAAAUGAGUAUUCCAACUUUCUGAGGGAUACUGAACGCUUGGACAAGGAUCAGAUUGUGUACAGGGCAACAGCUGGGCUCAAAGACCCGACUCGCCAGCAGUGCAGCAAGUUUUGCCAGUGCUCUGACUGUACGAGUGCACGGGCAACUGUGCCUCGCUUUUUGAUGGUGGACCAGCUGUGGGUAUUUGUCUUGGAUGAGAAUACUGUCAUCACAAGCUUUCCACAACGCUGGGGAUCUUACUUCACAAGCGAUCCGUCAGGAAUCCACUCUCGAGUAAUAAAGCAGCUUGAAAGAGAGCGAGACGGGGUCAGCAGUUCAUAUGAUCUGGUUCUCAAGAUCUUCAACGUCUGCAGCAGGGUGUUUUACGAGAAUAUCAAGUUUGCGGACAGACAGCCCAUGCUCAAUUACAUCUUUUCCGAUUCGAUCAACUUUGUGACCACAAGAGAAUUGGCCGCCCGUCAAGAGCUCUCCCAGCUUGCUCAGACGAUCCUAGCAGCUUACCGUUCCCCUGACAAGACUCAAAUCGCCGAAGCCCACAAGGCAGUCAUGAACAUCAACCCCGAGGCCGGCCUCCUUCGGCAAGUAGACAACAUUCUCAGCGACCUGAGCAUCAUCCGCCAGAUCAAGAUCGUCCAGCAAGAAGUCCUCAAGCAGUACCACGUCAACGUUGCCCGGGUCCUAGUUCCCAACUAUGCCCUCCGUGCCGGUUUCGAGCCGCAUACACCCGGUCUCAAGGAGGUAAAGCGCAUGCAAGAAAGCCUCCGUGACGACCAAGAUGUCUCGGAAGAGACCAAGUCAGCGGCAAGCUGGACGCUCUCCUGUGCCGAUGACUCGGAGAUGUUCCUCGCGGACCAGUACAGGCAGAUUGACCGUUUGUACAGAGCAGCGGAACACUGCCAAAGGAGACUGGAGGAGCUGCUAGAGACGAAAAACAAGUACGCCGGUAUUGUCGGGGCGUGGGAAGCGGUAGCCAACAGCAUCGAGCAAAGCAACCAGGGCAAGUCUAUCAUGCUGUUCUCAGUACUGAGUAUUAUUUUCCUCCCCCUCUCUUUCAUUACCAGCAUCUUCGGCAUGAAUAUCCAAGACUACCGCAUCGGUCUCGGCACCCUCGCACAGGAACUCUACUAUGUUUUCGGGGUCUCAAUAAUCGUAAUCUUCAUCUCCCUCCUCCUCGCCUUUGACAAGUUCUCCCUCGCACUCCUCCUCUACUGCAUCAAGGUUCCCACCAAGUGGGUCAUGACUCGGAUUGCGCUCCUCCAACCGGCCUCGUUUGGCACCAGGACGAGAAAUUACCGCAAGCUCAACGAGAAGCGGGUGAGGAAGAUCCAGCAGAUGGAAGAGGAGAUCCAGCGGGCGAGGCUGGUGAGGGAUACCAAGGAGUUUUGGCGGACGAUCGAGGCGGAGCAGGCGAGGAGGCGGGCUGGGUUGGGGCCACAGGGGGGAAAGAGGGUGGAUAGUGACAAGUUUGUUGUUUAAGUGUGGAAAAAAGCUGUAUCAUGGUGUAUACGUGAUGUUUUAACACCGGAAUCUGGACAUAAUUCGCCACGUGA